AAGAGGUGCUGUGUCAUUCGGGUUUCAAGUUUGGAAAGAGUAGUGAUGAUGUUAAGAGCUGAAAGGGCGUUUUAAUACGCGUAAACCACACAAGUGAAAACUGUAUUAAUCUAAUUACAAAAGCAUAACUAAUAAUCAUAUGCGAAAUUUUUGUGGCCGAACGGUGUAAAUGUAGACCGCUAUACAAAACUUGGCUUGUGUAAAAAAAUUAAAAUCUCGUCGGAUAAGUGAUAAUUUAUUUUGACAAGGUUUAAUUUCGUUAAUGAUUUUAUAAUACAACGAUUAAAAAUUACUUAAACACUGAAAUAGUUAAAUUUCAACAAAAAUUUACAUGUAUAUCUAUAUGUAUAACAACACAUAAUAAAUUGCAAUUGCUUUUAAAUUGCUGUUUAUGAGAUAUCGUAUCGACACAAGCUAUUCGAAUACGAAAAGUGAAUCUAAACGGCGUUUAAUAAACUAUAAUUGUUAACCACUUGAGUUACAUAAAAUAUAAUACAAUAGAAAAAAUUUUUGUGAAUUCAUCUUCUGUACAAAUAAAAGUAAAAAAAAAAAAACAAAAGUGCAAAUCUCAACAAUAUCAAUACUCACCUUCUUCGGUAAUUGUCGAAGAAACGAUAAAUCUUGUGUGGUUGAAAAGUUGAAAAAGAUCGGUGUGUAUGCGGAAAGAAGGCACAUUGCAUUACUCUCGAUUAAAAUAUAAUAAGCUAGAGAAGUUCAAAAUAUAGAAAGCAGUGUUUUUCUUGUUUACAUAUAUCAUUUGCAAAUUAAAUCAUAGCACAGUUUUUAAGUGAAAUCGAACAGCUAAAACUUUAAAGGCUAUCGCAGUGUCCCCUAAAGGCUGAUACGAAAAAUUUGUGCGCAUUACAUAUCUAAAGAAAGGACCAAUUUUAUUUUCCGCUCAUAAGAAAAUUUCGAAAUAAAAAUUUUUACGUGAUUAUAUUUCUUUUUGACGGAAAUUAAGAAAAUCGUUAUUUGGUGCCAUUGUGCGUUCGUAUACAAAGAAAAUCAUAUAUGUAUAAGAAACAAAAUACGACGAUUCGAAGACAAUUGGAACUUCCUGCGUGAUAGAGUGAGAGCAACAGUCAUCACAAUUAUUGUCAUUUUUGUAAAAGCCAAAGCUCCGUAAAGGGAAAAUAUCACAUUGCUUUAGCCAAAUAAAAAAAAAAAAGUGGAGUGAAAAGGUUUACAAAGCGAAAAGACCAUUAAUAAAUGUACCCUCAUUGCCAUCCACGAAGCGAAGGAUCAUUCAAAAGAACUAGAAUACGGAGAAGACGAAGAAGCGUAAGCUAAUGAGCACAGUAGUAGCUACAAAAAUUAAAAACAAAACAGAAAAAUCAACAGACUGAUUAACAAUAUAAAACAAUAUAAAAUUGUAUAUAAUAUAUAUAUAAUAUAUAUAUAUGUAUAUGUUUAUACAUAGAAGUAUAUAUAAUAAUAAUUAUAUGUAUGUAUAUGUAAAUAAGGAAUAAAGCAUAGGAAGAGAAAAACGUAAAAGUAAGCAAGCACGAGAUAGUAAAGCGAAAAAGAAGUUUGUAAGUUUAAAGCUGUUAGUAAGGAAAAGGGCUUACGGAACCAUUUAUAGGCGAACAAAAAUCACACGACAAAGCCACCAGCAUUCAGUUCCGAGUUUCCGAUCAAACAGCAAUUUUAGCUACAAAAUUUCAAAAGAGAUUGAAUGUGCUAUGUAAAGACGUAUGUGAAGGAUCCCUCACAAAGCAAACAAUAAUAAAAAGUUCAGACAAGGAAAAGAACAAACGCUAAUUAACGUUGAUUUUAUUGUGUGUGAUAUUUAAAAAUUAAGAAAUAAUUUAAACUCUAAAUAUUGAAAGAAGAAAAGUGGACAUCACUAAACAGUACAUCCAUAUUGCUGUAACACGAAGUUUAAGAAUAAACAAAAUCAAAGCUGCAGCGAGUAGAAGCAGACGAAAUUGGAAAUCGAAUUGAUAAUGACUUACUCGCACAAUAGCGUUAGUAAUAAAUUAAAAAUGACAACAUCCGCAGCAGUUGAUGCAACGACUGUUCGAUUAAAGAAAAUGCCUCAUGGUGGUGGAGUUGGUAAUGCAAGUCGCAACUCACCACUAGCGACAUCACCCGUAACUGCACAUUCCAACAGUAUUGCCAGCAGUACAAAUUACCCAUAUUACUAUCAACAACAGCAGCAUAUGCUGAGCUCUUCACCACCCGGCUGUCCAAUGUCAUCGGGUGCUUCAACCUCAUCGAAUUGCAGCGAUUCAUCGUUGGGCUCCAGUGGAAUUGGUGGUGGACAUAUGUCGUCACGCCAAAGAAAGCAAAAAGAACGCAAACAACAACAACAACAGCAGCAGCAGCAGCAGCAGCGUAAUUCGCCCCAACCAACAAGCGGUAGUGACAGUGACGUCUUCUUUAAUAAUAACAACCAUCAGUAUCAAACGCAUAGUAGUGGUGGCCGACGUGGUGGUAGUAACCAUAAACAGCGUGACGGUCAGCGAUCGCCAAACGCACAACACCAACAACAGCAGCAGCAGCAGCAAACCCGUCAAUCGCCAGCUGUGAUAUUGGGUGGAGGUGGAAGUCCAACGGCUAUUAAUAGCAACGGGGGCAGUGCCAGUCGCAAGCCUCGCGCAAAGUUUGCAAUGACCAAUAGCCCUCUAUUUGGAAAAAUUUCACCAACUCAAAUGUUAUUACCCACUGCUUUGACGCAUUUCGCUGGUAGUAAAUGCUUUGACGCACCAGCGCCUACUGCAUUGCCAAAACCACCAGAGCACUGGACGCUCGGGAAGGCGGAACGCAAGUCAGCCAGCAGCGCUGGCCCAGGAUUGCACAACAUUACAACCGCGCGCAAUCCAGCAUUGGCCGUAGACGCCCACACAUGUGGCGGCCAUGUCGUGAAGCAUUCAAAGCGCAAUUUGCUCGAUGAUUUCGACACGCACAAUCUGAAGUUGUUGCUGAACGUUCAAUCGUAACCGCUACGCGUUGCACCCCAAAUAGUCCACGAACAGCAGCAUAAGUUUUAAAUUACUAUUUAACUAUUAAACAUCAUAAAACGUAAUUUAAUAAAAAAAAUAAUAAUAAUAAAUAAAUAAAUAAACAUGAUUUAAAUUUAAAAUAAAGCACGAAUGCAAAUAAAAUAAAUCCAUAUGUGAUAAUCGCAAUGAACCAUGGCGUGAGUGCACUACAAACAAAUAUCAAAUCAAAAUCGUCAUUAAUUUUCAAACAUUUCAUAUAAUAAAGUAAAAUCUAUAAGCAAAUCUAACAGGAAAUUAGUUGAAUAUAAUUGUCGUGAUAACCUUAAAAUAAAAACAAAAUUGUGUAAAAAACUAAUAUAUAAAAACUUUCUACGUGAAGUAAAUGAUAUCAGCAAACAAACAUAAACAAUUACGACACAAAUAACAAAUGCUUGUGAUCUCAAGUAUAUUAUAAAAAUGGAGUAUGUAUCUAAUUUUUUAAAUGUUAACUGGCUGAAACAAAAAACAAAAAAUUAUAAUUAUAAUUGCCAAAACUGCAAAAUUCCAAAUUCAAUAAUUUAAUAUAUUCUUCAUGUAAAUUGAACAAUGUACAAAUAUCAUAUUUUGCCAUUAAGUUAAUAGCUAUUAAAGGUUAAAGAAAAUUUUAAAAUACAUAUAUUUGAAAAACGCAUUGUCAAUCACAGCAAAGUUUUAAAAUCAGUGGACAAUGAAUAACCGAACAGUACACAACACCGCAAACAGAAUUGAAAAACAAAAAAAUACAAUAUAGUGUUCUGGUGUGAAAAAUGCGUAACUUGGUGUUAUCUGUAAAGGAAACUGGCAUUAAGAAAGUGAAAGCAUAAAAAAACAGUGAACUCCAUUAACCCACCAAACUAAUUAAACGAUCACAAUUGAUCACUAAUAAUGUAAAUAUAAAAACAAACAAAUUAAAAACAAAAACAUUUGUAACCAAAAUGCAAUAAAAGCAAUAAAGCAACAACGAGCAACAAAAACACCAUUUAAGCUGUUACCACCCUGGGCUUAGCAAUAUAACAAACAACUUUACUUGCAACUUACCCUCGGUCAAAUAGGACAACAGCAGUUGGAGUGACUGCAGCUCCAAAAAUAAGAAUCAACUUUAACAAACUUAAUAUAAAACAUAGCAUUACCAGCGGCACCAUAUGAAACAAUGAGCAUUCAUCAUGUGAGAACGACGUUCAAUAAUGGCGGCACACAAUACAACAACAGAUUUUGUGUAACGUACACAUACAUAUGUUAAACGUGCUUUCCUAUCCUGAAAAAUUUUGAUCCUCAUAAGUAAUAAUUAUUUUAAUCAAUUUUAUUUGUAAACAAAAAAUCAACGGUAGACUUGUAGACUUUUAAUGCAAUCCCGUACAAUUAAGCGUACCAAAUGCGCCAUUUUUUAUUCACCCAUAUAUUUUUGAUUUGUUUAUUAAAGUAUUUCAAAGUCAGAGUUAUUAUCUCUUUUUUCUCAAUAGAAAAUCAAAAACAAAAGUGUAUUCAUUCUAAUAACUCUUUGUUUAAAAACAUUUCCGGGCGAAGUUUUAACCUUUUACUAUUUCUAUUUAAAUGCAUAUCUUAUGCAUAUAUACACACAAACAAUCAUAUGCAUCAGUAAUACAUAUAUGUGUGUGUAGAUAGUCAGCAAUUAAAAUUAAAAAGAUUUUAUUAAAAUAAAUUUGAAAAGUUUUUUUUUUUGGCGCAUAGUUACGUUUUUUGUACUCUAAGUUAAUAUAAAUACAUUUGUAAUCGUAGUUAUAUUUAUUUAUAAUUUGCAUCUCUUAAUUUAAUUUCAGUACCUAUAAAUCUUUUUUUUAUUAACGUAUUAAACAUACAAAUGUAUAUGUGUUAGUCAUCUGGAUUGUAGAUGAACACUUGUAUUAUAUUUCAAAAAACAAAAUUGUGACAUAUUUCUGUCCCAUUGAACUUUUUAUAUUAUCGAAUUCAUAUGCAGAGAAAAAUAUUUGCAUAAAUAACAUAAAUCCAAAGAUAAAUGUUAACAAAUUUUAAACUAGAUAAAACUGUAAACUUUAGAAAUUGUUUGAAGAUAUACUUUCCGUCAUCAAGCAUUGUAAAUUAAAACCUAAAUACAACAAUAGAUAAAAGACAAACCAAACGGCCGAAAGGCUCAAAAACGAAUAAAUGCGCUUUAAUUUAUUGAUUAAAAAACAACAACAACAAAAACAUAUAUUCAAAUGACGCCUGCCAAUUAAUGCAAUUUUGAAAAACUGCAGCACAAUUAAGGAGUUUUUUUUUCAAAUAACCCGAGUCCUAAGCAAACAUCAACACAUAUACACCCAACUCUGUACGCCGAUUUACACACAUAUUUAUGUAUACAAACAUGGGAAAAUAUUAAACUGUUGUUCGGGUUUGUGGGAUUCGAAUUACUUCAUAAAAAUUAAAUAUGAGUAAUUUCGAACAAAAGCUGCUAGUCCUUAAUGAAAAAGAGAAGAAAAAAAGAAAAACAAAAAAGAAACAAUCUUUAGGUGUGCCCUUUGAUAAUAUUACUUUUGGUCAUCUAUUUAUACUUGAAAGAAAUGUAGUUAUUCAAAAUCUGAGUAUUGUAAAAUGUGUUAGGAAAAGUUUUUUUUUUAUACAACUGCCUUAAGAACAGUAGUUUGUACGAGUGUGAUGAAUGUUUGCAGCUAAAGAGGAGAGAAACUUAAGCCCAGUACCUUGUUUAAUUUUUUUUUUUUUUUUUUUUUGUAGUUCAUAAUAAUUAAUUUAUUUUUUGAGGAUUAGAGAUGGUUUAUUCUCGUCAUCUUACAAAUGAUUUAUUAUAUAUAUAUGCAAUUGUGAUGGAAUAUUAAGCAUUUACCGGUAGUAGCCCGGUGCAAUAAUGUCCGAUUAACAUUUAAGAAAAGUAUAAUAUUAGACAUAAAUAUAUGUAUUGAUAUAUACAUACAUAUAUGCGCUAAUAAUGGUUCUGAUUUGAGUUUGACAAAAUUUUAAGCAUUCAUUUUAGUUUCUAUGACAAUGUAAUUCGAAAAUUAUACAAAAUGCAACAAGAAAUUUUUAUAAAGUUUCACAGUGGACAUACAUAUGUACGUGUAUGUACUCGUACAUAAAAUACAUACAUACAUAUAUUGCUAUUAAAUAAAAAGAAUGCUUAAAAUUUCGUUUUACCAACAAAAUACGCUAAAUCUGAACUGCUGUUGCCAAUAUUAGAGAAUUAUAACGAUGCAAUUGUUAGUUGCAAACUUAAAUGGUGAAUAUAUUUUAAAACUUUGUGAUGCUAUAUACGUAUGUUAGUAUAUGUAUAGUAUAUAUAUUGUAUUUUGCUUACUCUUUGUUAACAUUUAAAGAUUACCAAUGAAAUUGUAAGUUGCCACUAUGUGAAGUUUUUUUUUUUUUUGUGAAUGUUCCGUGUACAAUACAAUUGUUGAACUCCACAUACAUACAUUUGCAUGUAUGUAAUGUAAUGUAAAGUUAGUAAUAUAUAAAAACAAAAACAAAAACAAAAUAAUAUGCAUUUUUCUACGCCUUCUUCCAGGAAGGGGCCAGAAAGAAUCAUCAAUAAUUGAGUGUGUUUGACAGCGUGAAAUGUAUUUAAUAAAUAGAUGGACUGGAAAUUGUAGAAAAGAGUAAUAAAUAAUAAACUUACGAGUAUAUAAAACGAACGCACAUGUAAACGAAAGAUAUACAUACAUAUAUUGUAACUAUUGUGUGCCUAAUUUGGUUUGGUUCGUGUGUGAUGGUGGUUGUACUACGCAAAAUUGUUAAGAUUUUAACAAUGCCAUUGUAACUAUAUUGUAUGUGGUACAUGUAUGUAUGUAUGUAUGUGAGAAGAGCAAAGUAACUGAUGGCUUUUGGAUUUGAUUUCAUUAAGCUCAUUAUAAUUUGUUGCAUUAUAUAACACUCUCAUACAAACAUAUCUACAUAAACUUUGUCUUAGUACAAUAUAUACAUAUAUACAUAUGUACGUACAUAUAAAGCUGAUUGAAUUGUAAAUGUAUUUUAAAAUUUUCUUUUCCAAAUAAAUAAAUAAAUAUGAGGCUGGUUCAAAAUAAGUGUGAAAAUCAAACCUCUUAGUAAAUCGAGAGCAAAGGUUAUCCGUAUAAAUUUUGUUUUAAAUGUAGCAAUUUUCGGUUGAUAUCUCCUUUUCAAAUUUAAAUAUCAAAUGCGCAUAUUUAUGUAUAAAUAAAAUAAAAAUCCAAAUUAAUAAUAUCUAAAAAGUUUUUAUAUCAAUUUCAAUAUUGUAUAUAAAAAUUAUUGCUUUUUUUUGAGUUUUUUCUUUUGUUUCUUUAUUUUUGUUUCUUUAUUUUUGUUUCUUUUUUUUUUGUUUUUUAUUAAAAAUUGAUUUCAAAAACCAUUUAAAAAUAGUCAAAAGCAAAUAAAAGGAAUACGCGUAUUUUAUUUUCACACUUUCUUGACAUACAGUGUUUUUGAACCGCCAUAAUAUGCAUAUAUUCUUCCUACAAAUGGACAUAGACACGUUUCCAGUUAAAGAUCAGAGUCGGUGCAAUUGCAUUUUGUAAAUAUGAUUUUUUUUCAGCAAUUUCACACUUUCUUUGCAUGAAUCAUCUUCGCCUGCGGAAAAUGUUUAUGACUGUUAUGGCGAAAAAAUUAUGCAUGUACAAUAUACAUACAUAUAUACACACUAUAUUUUAGACAAAAUUUCAAAAACAUUAAUUUAUUUAAAGUAAAUUCAUAUUUUUGUAAUUAAUAUUUUUUCUCUAUCGUAAUGAUGACGUGAUAUUUGAAUGCAAUCAAUAAUUUGAUUUAUAUAUAAUUUAAUGUUUUUUUUUUUUUUUUUUUUUUUAGUUAAAUGCUCAUUAACAGUGCUCGCUCGUAAACUUUGGUGAACACAAAUAAAUACAUUAUUAAAAAAAAAGUAAAACGCCUAAUAAUAAAACAAAAGAAAAAAAAUGAAUAAACACUCCCACACACAUACACACAGACCUGCGCUAAAUAGAGAAACUAAGAAUUUUGCAUUUUUAAGAUGUAAGUUUUUUUUUUUUUUUUUUUAAUUGAUUUUGUAACUUUUUUGUUUUAAACACCUUGUAUGUAAUAACGAAUAUACACACAUAUAUAUAUAUAUAUGGUAUAUGUAUUUGUGCAACUCAACUUCAACCUCUUGCCUAUACGCCUAAUUCUUAACUGACGAAAUAGGGAAAGAGAAAGCAAACCCACUUUCAUGACGAUUUAAAGCGCAAAAUAUAAAUUUCUAUGAUUUUCAUUCAACAUUUGCAUUGAGUGUUUGGCCAUUUUCAUUACAGAAUGCAGUGGCGGCAAACAAACAAAUAACAAAAAUAUGUAGAAAUUAUUAUUUUAUAGAAGAAAGAAAGAAAGAAGAAGAAGAAAAAAACACGCAACACCUUCUAGUACAAAGUCUUGCUCUUGAAGGAGCACAUUACGAAUGUUUUAUUGUAGUUUUUACGAUAGAAUUGUAAUUUUCACAAUGUGUGUAAUAUUGUUGUAAUACAGCAGCGCACAGUAACAAAGUUUUUGUAUAAUUUGUUGAUUGAUCGCAUUAAAAAUGCAAAUGCAGAGUCGAAAUCGUGUUGAAUUGAAUUUUGUUCCCUUUUGAGCUCCUUUUAAAAGCAGUAAACAAUAUUUCUAUCAUCGCUAUAUAAUUAUUUUAAAAAGUACAUACUGACAUAUACACAGACACAGACACAAAUACAUAUGUGAUUACAUUUCUGCACUUAGAUUUAUGCCAUUCUCUUAUCAAACACACACUAGCAAAGCAUACAUACAUACAAUCAUUUGCAUGUAUGUAUGUGUUUACAUAUAUACGUAGUUAUGGUUUUAUUCAGUUAUUAAAUAUACAUAUGUACAUAUGUGUAUAAAUAAUUUGUGAAAAGCAUAAGGAACGAGGGGGGGAGGGGGAGUAGUGAGAGGCAUAAAUAAUUUAACAGUUAUUACGGUUUGAAGUGACGCAAAAGCUUUAACAAAGACUUGAUAAAUAAGAAAACAGAAAAAAAUAGUGAAAAAAUAUGAUAAAGAAUAAUAAAAACAAACAAAACAAAUUACACAUACAUACAUACAUACAUACAUACAGAAACAGACAUAUUUAGAAAUUAAUUGUAAAAAAAAUUGAAAAAAGAAAAAAAAAAUAAAAACAAAAAUAAACUUUAUUAAACAUACAUACCUUAAAGUACAUUUACACACAGACACAAACACACCACCCACACAUACAUACAUACAAAAAAAAAAUCUGUUGAUACAUAUUAUUUAAAACCACUAAACACUUAUGUAUGGGUGUUUGUAACGUAGAAACCCGCUAAAAUUGGUUUAUGAAUUUCGAAAUGUAAGCAAGAAUGCUGCACGGGUUUCCUGGAAAGUAGUAAAUUGUUUGUAGAGUUGGUUGCCUUAUCAAGUGAAAUUACAAAAAGAAUGUGCGCAUUUAACUACGAUUGUUUGGAUCCAUAAUGGACUCCAGUUGUCGAGAUUCAAAAAAAAAAAAAAGAAAAGCACACUUUAUUAAAGUGUUUUAUGUUCUUAUUGAGAAUUUCACUUAAUAAAGGUAACGCGGUUAGAGAGACAAAAGUAGAUGGAGGAGUGUAUUGUGAAAAUAUGCUCGAAUAAAUUUUUUUUAUAUUUUUUCUUUUUUUUUUUUCUUUUUUUUUUUAUUUUAUGUAAAAGUAAUUCAUGUAGCAAUUUUAAAGCAAAUUGCUAAAACACAUAAAAAACCUGCGUAUUUCCUAGGAAUCGCAUGAAAUGUGAAGCGCACAAGCGCAUUGAAUAUGCAAAGCUGCAAAAAAAAAAAAAUAUAUAUAUAUAUAUAUUAAAAAAAUAAAUAAAAAAAACAGAAAAACUAUUGAAAAUGUAAUCGUAAAAAUUGUACUUCCAAAAGAGAGAAAAUCAACCAUGAAAAUGAAAUGUAAAGAGAAACAAAGCAACAAGCAAAGUGUGUGUGUGAGCAUGAAGAAUCCGAUGAAAAGUGGCUUUUAAAUAGUUUAUUUUCAGAUUUUAAAAUUUUAAACAUUUCAGUGAUUUCGUCUGCUAUCGACUAUAUUCGUACAUUUAUUCUACUCUAAACAGACUAAUAUCAAACUCUUAUGCCUACAAUUUGUAUUUCUGUAUGUUUGCCCUACGCUUUGCUGCUCACACUUUGUUUGAAAAAAAAAAAACCAAUGCAUAUUUUUCUCUUGACUUACACCAAGUCCUUUACCUUUUAAGUAAUAAAACGAUAAAAAUAAAAAGAUGCAAUUUUUUGUGAUAAAAAAAUAUUUAAAACUUGACAACGUUCAAACCAUGCAAUCACAGUCAGCCAAUGAAUGGGGUGAUAAAUGUUUGUUCCAUGUUGCAUAUACAUACGUGCAUACAUACCAUACAUAUGUAUGAAUAUGAGCAAAUAAAUAAUUUGUGAAUUUUUGUUGUAGUUUAAGAUUCAUAUUAUUUCUGAUAAACAAAAACAAAAACUUGUGAAAAUUUCCCUUCCAAGAUAUGCGCAAUUACAUUGAACCCCGCAAAAAUAAGAAAAAUUGAGUUAUGAUUUUCAAUCAAACGGCACUUAAUUAAAGUAACAGUAAAAUAGUAUUUAAAAAUAUUUGCUUCAAAAAA